UAACUAUAACAGCUACUUACGGAAAUUCUGACCGGCCAUUGGAGUACAAAUGUGCGUGAAUCGUGGCUUUGCGUUACUUUCGGCAAUUGUGAAACGUUUCUAAAUCGUCGCGGAAGUUUCCUUGAAUUUGCGAGAGUUGUCUAAAUUGGUUUUUGCUGCUUUACCCUUUUUUCCAGGGCUCUGCUUUACUCUUUUUUCUGAAGAAAAUAGCUCUGCUUUACUCUUUUUUCCAGGGCAGAAACCCCUCUUUUUUCUGAUAAACGGCCUGCUUUACCCUUUUUUCCAGGGCAAAAACCCCUCUUUUUUUCUGAAGAAAAUAGCUCUGGUUAGCUCUACAGGCGGAGAAUCACCAGCAAUGAAAGAGCAGGGCUUAAUCGAUCAAAUGGAGGGCAGUAAUGCUGAUACCAAAGGUGGAGUAUCGCCAGCAAUGGAAGAGAAGGGCUUAAUCGAUGGAAAGGAAGGCAGUAAUGCUGAUAUCAACGACUUAUUUGGAAUGCUGGAGGGUUAUUCAAGGUUGAGAUUGAUGCCAGACUUCUUUGGAAUGUUGGAGAGUUUUACAAGGUUGAACUUAGAAUUAGUGGAGAAUCUUAUAGAGCAGUGGAGUUUUACAAGGUUGGAGAAUCUUACACAUGCAAAUGAGAAUUACCAUGCUAACAUGUUGCAGUGUUAUGUAAAUGGCUCUGAACAAGAUCAGAGAAGAAAGCAAAGACAAAGAGAGAUAUUCAGGCAGUGUAAAACAACUGCAUCCUUUCGUGGGAAUCGUAAAUGCUACACAAUUAAACAAUUUCAAAGCUUUUAAAAUCUACAUUUCUCAAGAAAGCUAUUGUUUCGAAUAAGGCUUGCAAAAAU